AUGUAGGGUAUGACUAAAAGUCAUUAAGAGACUGUAACAGCUGCAUAAUGAUGAAGGUGAUGUGUACACUUUGUGAGCACUACUGAUUUAGGGCUGUGCGCUCUUAGUUUCGCGCAUAAAGCUUAUUGAAGUAUUUUAACUGAAUUUUUAGGGCACUUAACAGUCUAGGAACAGUCGGGGAACGGAGUUAAUGCUGUUUAAAACAUUUGCACUAUGCAAAACUCGUCGGAUCACCAUUUCUGUGAAGCGUCAGAUGGUGCAAGGAUUUGUCUGUCAGUGAUUUACUCAUUAUUAUCAGUUUCAGGGACCUUAUCCAACCUGCUUGUAAUAUACUUAGCCUAUGCAUUUAAAAAACUCCGGACAACCAGCAAUGCAUUUAUUAUUAAUGGGUGUGUUGCUGACCUCCUAGCUUGUGCCCUGUGGAUGCCACAAGAAGCUCUGCUGAUUGCGCAGCGCAUAUCUGUAUCACACAUAUACAUGGCGUGCACAGAAGGACUCCUUUUUCUUUGGAUUACUGUAUCUCUGGUUUCUCAUUCCCUGAUCGCAGUCAAUCGCUACAUUUUGAUAACAAAGGCACCCACAACGUACCAGGCAGUCUACCAAAAAAGGCACACAGAAUGCAUGAUUUCCUUGUCCUGGGUAAUACCUUCUGCUGUCAUGGUGCCUUGGUUAGUCGCACAGUCAUCUACCGAAAUCUACCCAAAAUGUGUACCUCUGAAGCACACAGACGUUCUUCGCAGAGAUACAGUUGUGUAUAGCUCCUACACAACAGUUUUUACAAUUUUCACCCAGACUAUUAUCAUACUAUACUGCUACUUUAAAAUUUUUCGAAAGGUGCAAGUGAGUGUUAAGCGAGUUAGUGUUUUAAACUUUCAGAUUAUUAACAACCUGCCCUAUUCACUUCCAAGGAAGGACAAACGCCUAAGGGGCUACGUGCUGGCAGUGUGCUGGGUGUUCCUUUUGACCACCCAGCCCGUGAUGUGGGUCGUUUUUGUGGGCUUCUUUCGAUCGGUCCCCGAAGCACUGGUAACAGUCAGCUGGCUCUUCUUCUCUUUGCUCAUGGUUUUCAACCCGUUCCUGUACACCUGGAAAAACGAGGAGUUCCGAAAGUCCUUCAAGGCGCUGCUGAAAGGGGAUGCAUGGAAGAACUCUGCUAUUGGCGUAGAACCUGGGCUGCACACCAUUUCUCAGAAUGUCUCCUGGUCUGCCCGGGAGCAGCAAUGAGACAACAAAAACAUCACAGCCUACCUUUGCGUUUUCCCUCCAACAGUCACAUUUUGUACUCGGGAAGCACGCACCCUCGGGAGCAGGACUCGAGCCUUGCUUAAUACAUCUGAACUACGUUGUGCAGGAUGGAUUUUGCGUGCCAGAUUGCCAAGUUAAACAUGACAAAUGCUAGAUGAAGUUUCUUUGGAAGUAAUACACCCAUCAUCAAGUAUCUGUGAACAAAUCAACAAUGUUAGCAGCGUAAAGUGCAUCGUUUUUUACGAGAGUUCCUUGUUUUAAGUGUUACUUUUACAUUUUACCUUAUCCUACAUGGGAUUAGUACAUUUUUGCAAAGGGAGUUAUGGUGCCAUUCUGAACUGAGCACGCUAACUACUUUAUUCUUUUUGUGAAUGAAGAAAAUAUAAAUAAAAAAUAGCAAGUUCAUACUCUCUGUCACACACACACUCACACACACACA